UCCAUUUAAAAAGCUCGGCCCUUGAUGUUUAUUGGGGAGGCCUCAGGAGAGAGAGAGAAUUGGAAGAGAUAGAGAGAGAGAGAGGGGAACAGCUGAAAUAAAGGGGAGAGAGAUUGAGGGAGAUAGUGCUCUCUUUCUUUCUUUCUUCCUUGGAUUCUUGAUCCAUCAUGGCCUCAGAUCUCUCUUUGGAAGAGAUAAAAAAUGAGACAGUUGAUCUCGAAAAUAUACCAAUCGAGGAAGUCUUCGAGCAGCUAAAAUGCACGAGGGAAGGUUUGUCCUCAGAAGAAGGAGAAAAGAGGCUCCAUAUCUUUGGCCCCAACAAGCUUGAGGAGAAGAAGGAAAGCAAGUUUCUCAAGUUUUUGGGUUUUAUGUGGAAUCCCCUAUCAUGGGUGAUGGAGUGUGCUGCCAUUAUGGCUAUUGCCCUUGCAAAUGGAGGGGGGAAGCCUCCGGAUUGGCAAGACUUUGUCGGUAUCAUUGUGCUCCUUAUCAUCAACUCAACCAUCAGUUUUAUUGAAGAAAACAAUGCAGGCAAUGCAGCUGCUGCCCUUAUGGCAGGUCUUGCUCCCAAAACCAAGGUGUUGAGAGACGGAAAGUGGAGUGAGCAGGAAGCAGCCAUCUUGGUUCCAGGAGAUGUGAUUAGCGUCAAGCUGGGAGAUAUCAUCCCAGCUGAUGCUCGCCUUCUGGAAGGAGAUCCUUUAAAAAUUGAUCAAUCUGCCCUCACCGGCGAGUCCCUUCCUGUGACAAAGCACCCUGGACAAGAAGUUUUCUCUGGUUCCACCUGCAAGCAAGGUGAGCUUGAGGCUAUCGUCAUUGCCACUGGUGUCCACACCUUCUUUGGCAAGGCUGCUCACCUUGUUGACAGCACCAACCAAGUGGGUCAUUUCCAGCAGGUGUUGACUGCCAUUGGAAACUUCUGCAUCUGCUCCAUUGCCGCGGGAAUGCUGAUUGAGGUGGUAGUGAUGUACCCAAUCCAGCACAGGAAAUACAGAGAAGGAAUUGAUAAUCUGUUGGUGCUUCUCAUUGGAGGAAUCCCAAUUGCCAUGCCAACUGUUUUGUCUGUGACAAUGGCCAUUGGAUCUCACCGGCUGUCACAACAAGGUGCUAUCACCAAGAGAAUGACUGCCAUUGAGGAGAUGGCCGGAAUGGAUGUCCUCUGCAGUGACAAAACCGGAACCCUCACUCUCAACAAGCUCACUGUCGAUAAGAACUUGAUCGAGGUGUUCCCAAAAGACAUGGACAAGGAUAUGGUUCUCUUGCAUGCUGCUAGGGCUUCAAGGGUUGAAAACCAAGAUGCCAUUGAUGCCUGCAUUGUUGGCAUGUUGGGUGACCCCAAAGAGGCUAGAGCCGGAAUCACAGAGGUUCAUUUCCUGCCCUUCAAUCCAGUGGAUAAGCGCACAGCAAACACCUACUUUGACACUGAUGGCAAUUGGCACAGAAGCAGCAAGGGUGCUCCAGAACAAAUCAUUGAACUCUGUGGACUUAAUGGAGCUGUCGCGAAAAAGGUCCAUGAGAUCAUCGACAACUUUGCCGAACGCGGCCUUCGAUCACUUGGUGUCGCCAAACAGACUGUCCCAGAGAAGACCAAGGAAAGCGCCGGUGAGGCAUGGGAGUUUGUGGGUCUGUUGCCACUCUUUGAUCCCCCUAGGCAUGACAGUGCAGAGACAAUCCGUAGGGCCCUUGACCUUGGUGUCAAUGUAAAGAUGAUCACUGGUGACCAACUUGCCAUUGGUAAAGAAACUGGGCGUAGGCUAGGAAUGGGCACCAAUAUGUAUCCAUCAUCUUCACUUCUUGGCCAGUGCAAGGACGAGUCAAUCUCUUCGAUACCCAUUGACGAGCUCAUCGAGAAGGCUGAUGGGUUCGCCGGAGUCUUCCCUGAGCACAAGUACGAGAUUGUGAAGAAGCUGCAAGAGAGGAAGCACAUUUGUGGAAUGACAGGAGAUGGUGUGAACGAUGCCCCAGCACUCAAGAAGGCAGACAUCGGUAUAGCCGUGGCAGAUGCAACCGAUGCAGCCAGGAGCGCUUCUGAUAUUGUUUUGACCGAGCCAGGACUCAGCGUGAUUGUGAGCGCCGUGUUGACAAGCCGGGCCAUCUUCCAAAGAAUGAAGAACUACACCAUCUAUGCAGUUUCAAUCACCAUCCGUAUCGUGAUGGGAUUCAUGUUCAUAGCACUUAUAUGGAAGUUUGAUUUCUCGCCUUUCAUGGUCCUCAUCAUCGCCAUCUUAAACGAUGGAACCAUCAUGACCAUCUCAAAGGAUAGGGUGAAGCCGUCUCCGGUGCCAGAUUCAUGGAAGCUCAAGGAAAUUUUUGCCACCGGUGUUGUCCUUGGAACCUACCUUGCUCUCAUGACUGUCGUCUUUUUCUGGCUUGCAGCUGACACUGACUUCUUUUCAAAUACUUUCGGAGUGAGAUCAAUUAGGGGUCACACCGAUGAGCUCACUGCAGCUCUGUAUCUUCAAGUGAGUAUUGUGAGUCAAGCACUCAUCUUCGUGACCAGGUCGCGAAGUUGGUCCUUUGUUGAACGCCCCGGUCUCUUGCUUGUCAGUGCCUUCAUUGCAGCUCAGUUGGUUGCUACUGUCAUUGCUGUGUAUGCAAGAUGGGAAUUCGCUCGCAUCGAAGGCAUCGGAUGGGGAUGGGCCGGAGUCAUUUGGAUCUUCAGCGUCGUUACCUACUUCCCUCUCGAUGUCCUUAAGUUCAUCAUUCGGUAUGCUUUGAGCGGAAAGGCCUGGGAUAAUAUGAUCCAGAACAAGACUGCUUUCACAACUAAGAAGGAUUACGGUAGAGGUGAGAGGGAAGCACAGUGGGCCCUAGCUCAACGUACACUUCACGGGCUCCAGUGCUCAGAUUCACAAGACCUCUUCAACGAUAAGAGCGGCUAUCGCGAGUUGUCUGAGAUAGCCGAGCAAGCGAAAAGACGUGCUGAAGUUGCCAGGUUAAGGGAGCUCCACACACUCAAGGGCCAUGUUGAAUCAGUGGUGAAGCUGAAGGGAUUGGACAUUGAAACUAUUCAACAGCACUACACAGUUUAAGACCAAGGAUGGGGAUUGAGCAAAGCCGAUAGCUGGAUAGGGGAAAGACUGUAUCAGAAGUGCAAGUAAAUAGCAGAGAGGGAUUUUUCACAUAAGAUUGCUCAAAGAGAGGUUAACAGAUGGAAUGCAAUAAAAUAAAGCUGAUGCUUCUUUAGAUAUGCAUUGUUCUAAUUUUUGCUAUCAUAAUCCUGUGUUUAUCCGAUCAUCUUCUUCCUCUUUUA